UCUGAUGCUAGUGUAGUGCUACACUCCAAAUGCCUUUCUUGCUGUCACCUUUUGUACUCUCUCUACAGCCAUAUACUGCUAUAUUUCUCACCUCUUUAUUUGUUUCCUUUUCUGAUCUCAACGCUUUGUACUCUAUCCAGCAGUUUUGGGCGUGAGAUCUUCCACAUUCCGCUGCGGAUUUGUGAUUAACCACCAUGUCCAAGGCGGGAACAUUGGAUCUGGCAUCUGGCGUCGGCGGAAAGAUUCAGAAAGAUGACGUUCUCUCCGCUGUUGACAAGUACGAAAAGUAUCAUGUUUGCUACGGAGGUGAUCAGGAAGACAGAAAAGCUAACUACACUGACAUGGUCAAUAAAUACUAUGAUCUCGUCACAAGUUUCUAUGAGUAUGGAUGGGGAGAAUCAUUCCAUUUUGCACCCAGAUGGAAAGGUGAGUCUCUUCAAGAGAGCAUCAAGCGGCAUGAGCACUUCCUUGCUUUACAACUUGGCCUGAAACCUGGCCAGAAGGUCUUGGACGUCGGAUGUGGAAUUGGUGGACCAUUAAGAGAAAUUGCUCGAUUUAGCAUGACAUCAAUCACGGGUCUCAAUAACAAUGAAUACCAGAUAUCUAGGGGAAAGGUGCUAAACCGGAUUGCUGGACUGGACAAGACUUGUGACUUUGUUAAAGCAGAUUUCAUGAAGAUGCCUAUCCCUGACAACAGCUAUGAUGCAGUGUAUGCAAUUGAAGCGACAUGCCAUGCCCCUGACGCAGUUGGCUGCUAUAAGGAGAUAUACAGGGUACUCAAACCUGGUCAGUGUUUUGCUGCAUAUGAGUGGUGCAUGACUGAUGCUUAUGAUCCUAAAAAUAAAGAACACCAGAAGAUUAAGGCUGAAAUUGAACUAGGCAACGGCCUCCCUGACAUAAGGCUGACAAGCCAGUGCCUUGAAGCUGUAAAGAAAGCUGGUUUUGAGGUUGUGUGGGAGAAAGAUCUUGCAGUGAACUCACCUGUUCCAUGGUACUUGCCCAUAGAUGCAAGCUACUUCUCUCUCAGCAGCUUUCGCCUAACAGCACUUGGACGUUUCUGUACAAGAAAUCUGGUGGCUGCUCUGGAAAAAGUUGGGGUUGCUCCUAAGGGAAGCCAACGGGUUCAAGCUUUCUUAGAGAAAGCUGCAGAAGGACUUGUUGAUGGGGGAAGGAAAGAAAUUUUCACAUCUAUGUACUUCUUCUUGGCUCGCAAGCCCCUGAAGGAGACUGAGUAAAUGCGCUAGUGAUGGUAGGUAUGUGCAGUUUGCCUCUCAGUUAAGUUUGGUGAAUUCCAGAUUUUGUUUAAAUGGUGUGUGGUUCUCUACAAGCUAUGAUGUUAUGUGGGGUUUGUUUUAUUGUAGUGUUAACUACAAAACUAGUUAGGCUUUGCCAAACUACUUGUUUUAUUGUAGUACAUUACUUGUCAUGACUCUGAUUUAGUAAUACAAGGGCUUCAAAACUGCAUUUAUUA